AAAAUAAAAAUAAAAUCUUCAGCAUUUAUCAAUUUUAGCAUAAUACAAUAGUACUUAAACCAGUAGGUCCAAAGUCAUAGUUAUAACUAGUGCCUUAAAGAAAAAAAAAGCAUAUUCAGCAUCAGAAACACAGAUCUGUAAACCCACAGAUUCAAAAUAAUAUAGUUGUAAUCACUGACUUAGAAGAAAACAAAACAAAAUCAGUAUUUCAUCAUUGAAGACGCAGAUAGUUGGAAUCUAUCAGCUCCAGCACUCAGUGACUGCAGAGGACACCGGUGAACACUGACGGGUUACGUGGUUUAUUUCCGCUCGUUGGUGACACCCAUGCCGUGGACCGACUCGGUGAAUGCUCUGUUAAUAAUUUUUGUUUGUGUUUUCAGAUCUUGAUGAAGGGCAAAGGAGACAUAAUUCAUCUCUCGAAAGAUUGUUUAUAGCUGGAACUUGAAAUGCUUUGUAUUAGAAAACACUAGUAAAAAUGCAAAGAGAGACGGUAUCUGACGACCGGCAGCGGCACCCCGAGACCACCUCAGACUUCUCCGAGCAGUUUAACCAGCUCGAGCUGCUGGAGACGCACGGACACCUUAUUCCCACGGGCUCCCGGAGCCUCUGGGCAGGGGACUCCGAUGAAGAUGAGGAGCAGGAGGAAAAAACCGAAGAGUGGUAUCUACUGCAAGAAAGAAAAAUGGAAAAAGACCCAAGCAAAUUGCUUCUUUGGGCUGCUGAAAAAAAUCGGCUCUCCACGCUGCGGAGGCUGCUUUCCGACAGGGCGGGGCUCGUGAACACGAGGGACGAGGACGCAUACACGCCUCUGCACCGCGCGGCCUACGGUGGGCACCUGGACGCCGUCCGCGAGCUGGUCGCCCAGGGUGCGGACGUCCACGCCGUGACCCUGGACGGCUGGACGCCCCUGCACAGCGCCUGCAAGUGGAACAACACCAGGGUGGCCUCCUUCCUGCUGCAGCAUGACGCGGACGUCAACGCCCAGACGAAGGGCCUCCUGACCCCCUUGCACCUGGCCGCGGGGAACAGGGACGCCAGGGACACCCUGGAGCUGCUCCUCAUGAACCGCUACGUGAAGCCCGGCCUGCGGAGCGCCCUGGAGGAGACGGCGCGCGACGUGGCCAGGAGGGCCGGCGCCCACCACUACCUCUUCGAGAUUGCGGACGGCUGCACGAACUCUAGCGCCCAGCCUUAGCAGGCCCGCGUCCUGCUGCCCCCAGGGACCGGGAGCCAGGGGCCUCUCGGGACGGGGGCUGGGGGUGUGGCAUGUUGUAGUUGUUGCGGUAAAUGAUUCAGUGAUUUCCAUGGCGUUGGCGAUUUUAUCAGAAAGAACCGUGACGCACCUGCCUGGAAAACUGGUCACAGGCUGUGAGAAAACAGGCUGCCUCUGGCGUUCACCCCGAGGAGGGUGUCUCGGGGAUUGGUCACUCUGGGUCUUUGAUGGGUGAAGCACGCCAACGCCUACAGGGGUGACUCGGGAGUUCCGCAUCCGAGGCUCCUGGGGUCCCCUGGCUUUCCUUUUGACAUAAGAACUACAGGCUCUACAACAAGUGGGCCUGCACCCUGUCCCCCGAGGGGGGUCUCGACACAGGUACUCACAAAGGGAAGGGACUAAGGCAGUGCCCUUCGGUGCUGUUUUUAAGUGUCCCCCAGAAUUUGCCUCGAGUCAGCCCACGGGACCCAGCCCCCCUAGAUGAAGUAGCUACGCUGCUCGCACAGACGCGUGCCUGCGGCAGGUUGGGCCGGCGUCGGGUUGGGUCUGGUCGGGAG